AGGAGGAGGAGGCAAGCGGUCGUACGGAGCUCAGCUGCUGGCGAAUCUGCAGGAGCGUCAGGCGCAGGAUGAGGCGGAAGGCGGACCCGCCGCCAAGCGCCGGCGCUCUGACAGCGACCCAUGGGACAACAGGCCCAUGUCAGGCAGCAAGGCUCGCGCCAUCGCUGCUGCUCGAGCCGCUGGCAAACUCAACAACACCAGCAACAGCAGUACGCCCGGCGGAAACGUCGCGAACGGCCCAGCAACGACGCCUGGUGUUGGGGGCAAUGGUAGCAGUAACGGCAGCGGCAGUGCCGCUGCUCCCAGGCCUUCUCCGCUGACAGGUAUCCGACUCUCCGCGCCACCGCCGCUUCCAGCCAGCCUCGCGGGGCUGCUGAAAGGACCCACGGGUCAGUCGGCAGGAAGUGGCGGCGUACGAGCCACACAACCAGCAACCGCUGCAUCUGGGGCGGUCGGCUGCGCUCCGAAACCUCGCACCCCAGCAGCAGCCGCUGCUGCCAGUGGCACGGGUCGUGUCAUUGGAGGCAAUGACGUUAAGGGUCAACAGCAGCGGGGACAACAGGCGGCGCAGCAGCAGCAGCAGCGCAAGGGGCAAACGCAAGUCGGACACCGCAAGUCAGGGGGCGCGCAUGAGGAGAAGACGGGGGCAGCGGCCGAGCAGAAGGAGGGAGCCGCGGACGAUGAUGAGGUGCUUUUAGAGCUGCUGGAGGAGGAUGAGUUGGAGGUGGUGGAUGGGGUGGAGGAGGAUGGUGGUGGUGACGUGGUAAGUACGGCAGCAGCGGCCGAGGAGGCGGCUGGUGCGGCCAACGAAGCUGACGUGGACCAGGACGCCAGAAGCGCACAGCCCCCACGAGGAGGAGGAGGUGCAGGUGACGAUGGCAUGGAGGAAGAAGGGGCUCAGCAGCAGGAGGAGGAGGAGGAGGGUGUGGAAGGCAUGGAUGCAGAGCAUGGGGCCUUUGGUAAGGCAGAAGCGGAGGAGUCUGCUGCUGCUGACGCCGACGUUGAAAAAGACGACCAAGAUGCCGCAGCCGCGUGCAAAGGCACAGCGGGUACGGCAGCCGCGACGGAAGAGGUGUGUGGUCUGGACGAGCUUUUGGAGUUGUUUCCUGAGCUCCAAGAUCAGGCUGCUGACGCUGCUGCGAGGGAUGGUGCCACACAGCAACGGCCGCAGCAACAUCAGGACUCUUCCAAGCGUGUUAGCAGCAAUGCUGCAGCAACGCCCGCAAUCACCGCCACGGC